AUGCACAUAAUGGCAGCCAUCCAGAGGGGUGUAUGGGCUCUAUUGCUCUGGCCAUCCCUCCUUACUGUAAGCAUGCCACUGGACUGUAAAGAAGAGCAGGGCAGUCUCUCCGGCUGCACUUCCAUCUCCCAAGAGAAACUUCUAGACCGAGUCAUCCAUCAUGCUGAGCUCAUCUACCGUGUCUCAGAAGAAUCGUGCUCUUUGUUUGAGGAGAUGUUCCUCCCAUUCCCUCUGCGGCUCCAGAGCAGCCAGGCCGGCUACGCAUGCAUCACCAAAGCCUUACCCAUGCCCAGUUCCAAAAGUGAAAUCCAGCAGAUAUCUGACAAAUGGUUGCUUCACUCUGUGCUGAUGCUGGUGCAGUCAUGGAUCGAGCCUUUGGUCUACCUGCAGACAACAAUGGAUCGCUAUGAUCACGCUCCUGAUAUGCUGCUCAACAAGACAAAGUGGGUGUCUGACAAACUGAUCAGUCUGGAGCAAGGGGUGGUGGUCCUCAUCAAGAAGAUGUUGGAUGAGGGGACGUUGGCCACAACCGACAGUGAACAAAGCUUAUUCCAGUACGAUGUGCAGCCAGAGAUGCUGGAAUCUGUUAUGAGAGACUAUACUUUGCUCAGCUGCUUCAAGAAAGAUGCCCAUAAGAUGGAGACUUUCCUUAAGCUCCUCAAGUGUCGUCAAACCGACAACUGUCCAUAA